AUUCUCCUUUCGAUCUCGUCCUUCUGCCUCACUGUUCCCAAUCCUCCGCCCGCUCCGUUACCGUUUUGGGUAAAAGGAAGGAAACAGAUACUGGAACAGAAAGCCAUGAUGACCUUGUGCACGACCCUGCAAACGAUGCUGAGGUUCCGCAAUCGCGAUGACGACCGGCGGCGGCUGAAUCAACGCAAUCGAUGCCGUAAUAUACCCACUUCGUACGGCGGCGGGCUCCGGAUCCUCGCCGGCGACGCGCCGCGGCCGCCGAACGUGCUCGAGUCCUCGGCAGUCGGGCGGCCGCCGGAACGCGUGGACCCCGGCACCCGCGGCCUCCACGAACUGGACUACCACGGGGGGUUCAGCGUCGUCACCGAGGGCCUCGGGUCGGAGAGCUGCGACGGGGGGCUGGAGGCGGAGGAGAUGGCGAAGAGUUGGGGGUGGAGUGGCAUACCGCGGCGUAGGAGGGCGGAGGCGAGGAUGCGGCCGCCUCCCCCUCCACCGCUGCCGUGGCUGGUGGGGCGGACGAGCCGGUUCAUGCGGGCGGUGAAGGAGUGUGGGCGGUUUCGGCUGACGGAGGUGCGGUUCGAGCGGCCGCCGGAGAUUCUCCGUGCCUCCCGCUCCGGCGGGCGCCUCCGGUUGGACUUCGUCGUCCGAUCCGAUCGCGAGGAGACUGAGGAAGCAGCAGUAAUAGCAGAGCAAGAAGAAGUAGUAGACGAUGGUGAUGAGGAGGUGAGAGCACCGGCGGUGGUGUCGCCCAAAGAGACGGUGAUGCCAACGAGGAAGGGGGAGGAGCGGAGGUGUCAGGCGACAGUGAGCGGUCACGGCGUCCCGAUGUGGUGGAAUCACCGCCCCAUCAUCGCGUGACGCGGGAAUUAGGGUAGGCGCGUCACUCACGUGCGGGCGACGUCAUCCUGAUAUCCUUUUAGUUACGACAUUAACUUAAUUUAAUAUAAAGUGGACGUUUUUUAGAUUUGUAGUUUUCAAUAUAUUUUUUUAUGCAUAUUUUGUGUAUUAUUGGUUAAAAUAAUAAUAAGGAGAUUACUUGUUUCGUUGGGUGCUCUGUACAGGA